GAUAAUAAAGAUAAUAAAGGGGAGUGUGAGUUGUAUACGCGUAUUGAGCGAACUUUAUAAGGAAAGCAAUUCGCUUGCGUUUGUUUCACAUAUUGUGCGGCAAGUGUCUCAUCACGUCUCGCGAUCUCUUCAAAGGCGAAGGGGAAGGCUUCAGGGGUUUGAAAAAGGUUGAUAUUGAAGCCAUGGUUCUUGACUCCUUUCUGACUUCUCCUCGUCUCAAGUCUCCAUCUUUCAGGAGGCAGUUUACAAAGGAUGAACUGGGUAGUUGGUCCACACUUUUUCAGAGGCAUCGCUUCCUCUUAUCUGCUCUUGUUCUGCUAACUCUCCUCUGCACUGUUUAUCUUUACUUUGCUGUCACUUUAGGGGCCAGUGGCACCUGUUCCGGGUUGACUGGAGCCCAGAAAGCUUCAUGCCAUAUGGAGCUUGUUAAGGAUUCUGUGGCCAAGGGUAAACUGAAGAUUCUUUGAUAUUUCAAAAUAUUAUUACAAGAAAUAUUUUUUCUUUAUUUUGUGCCUGAGUAUAGGUGACAUGAAAUCCAAAUAUAGUCUCUGGCUACAGUAUCAGUGUGACUGUGAUUUGUAUACAUACUAUUUAUCUUGGUAUUUGUGGGCCAAAAUGUAGAAUACAUGUAGAAAGCAAUUUGUUAGAUACAUCAUGUUAAUUUUAGUGAUUGCUUCAUUGAGAUAAAUUUUUGGGCAUCUUAGUUGCUAAAUGAAGUUUGAGUCUCUGCUUAUGUGUAAAUUAUGGGCGGCUCCAAGCCUUAUAUUUGUUAUAUUCAUCUGAUGGUCUAAUACGACCUGGGGACCUUUUCUAUUCUUUUCUGAAUUUAUAUUGUAUUGUGUAUUGC